AUGGAGGGAGCGACAUUCUCACCGAACCUGCCUUACGUCCUGUUCUUCCUCUACAUCGAACCAUUCUCGACCAUAGUUGGGGCUUAUUACGCUCACUUGCGUCCUCUCGAAUACCUGAAACUGACUCACGCGUCGUCUGCUCCUGCGACCUCGCUCGGAAUACCGGUGGGGACGCAGGUCGUCCUCAGCCAACUCGCCAACCUGUACCUCCUCUUUGCACUCAACGAAGCGCUGGUCUUGCGCUCCACGCGUUCUCUCAAAACCUGGAGGACCCUUUUGACAGGGCUGCUCAUCGCGGACUUUGGUCACCUGUACAGCAUUGCUUCCCUAGGGACAGGUAUGUUUUGGAAGUUUUGGCAGUGGAAUGCCAUCGACUGGGGAAACAUCGGAUUCGUAUACUGUGGCGCACUGAUGAGGUGUUUAAUCCUGUCUGGGGUAGGAGUCCGGAUAAUAGGGAAAGACAAGAAGGCGACAACCUAG